AUGUCUCUCGCCUUCGCUUUAUUACAUCACAUUAUGUUCGCAGUUCAUUUCGUGAUUGUCGGAGGUAGCGAUGUCUGCCGACAAGUGCAUUUCUUACAACGCAUUGCUGAUAAAGCCCUUACUGGUCACGUGAUCAAAACGAUACCAGUGGAGACAAAUGACCAUUGUGAGAUUGCUUGUUUCCGCGACCUCAUGUGUCUCUCCUAUAACAUAGGACCCAAACAGGCUGGUGGACAUCAAUGUGAGCUCAGCAAAUCGGAUCACAUCCGAGACCCUGCUGAUUUAGUUCCUAUGGCAGGGUACAUAUACAGACCAACUGAGAGUCGCUGUUCGUCAAGUCCUUGCCCUGAUAACGCCACAUGUGUUUCCCUCACGGAGACAACUUUCCAGUGUCUGUGUCCACCAGGAUUUACCGGGAACAGCUGUGAAACGGGAAUUAAUUGCAAGGAGAUCAAGGCCACAUUCCCGAAUGCUCCAGAUGGGAUGUACGAAAUACAACCGAACAUCGAGCAAAACAAAUUCUGGGCGUAUUGUGAUAUGACGUCAUUUGGAGGAGGAUGGACGAUGUGUUACUCUACUGACGAUCUUGCUGACCCUAAAACAGAAGUGACCUAUGACGAGAAUUAUCGCUAUGGCACAAAUGGUUACCGAACUGACUGCAAUAAUGUUCAGUUUCGGGAAAUUCUCUUUGUGGAUGAGACCACGAAUGAAAAGGCUUUCUUUACCUAUAAACUUAAUUCCAGUCUCGUCGCAGAGGGAAAUUACCAGACACAAAUCUCCGGCCUGUGGCUAGGUGGAGGUGUAGCUACCACAAGUCAUGAAUACCAGCUUCUUAUCUGCAACCACAGCUUCUACUCUGGCUUUUUCAUAUCUGGUUAUACAAACUGUUAUAAAGGGUGUAGUCAUUGGUGUGGUGAUAAACACACUCCUUACUUCCGGUCAGCGUCCACUAAUUCAAAGUAUGCCGGAGUCGCCUUUAACGUCAAUGGACAUCAGCCGCGAAGCAGCAGACUGAUGAGUGUUGGACUGAGAUAA